UGUUGGGAGAGAGCAAACUCUUCAUGAAUCAGUUCAAAAAAACACAUCCAGAGAAGAUGGUCUUUUAAUGAAGUUCUUUACUGAAAAGAACUGCCUGGCUGGGCAAUGGGCAGGUGGCCAUAUGCCUGAGACAGGGGACAUCCUGCCAGGGCAAAGGAGCAUGUUCUGGUCCUCUCGACCACAGUGCCAUGUGCAUCCUAGUCUCUGCCAUCCAGCCUUUGCUGCUGAGGGUGAAAUAUGCAUUGGGCAGCUGGAGGCUGGCCAUGGCCCCUGCCCAUGCAGACUAAGGGUCUGCCCCACAGCCCACUGAAGUCAAUGGAAAGAUGCCCAGCUGACUUCUUUGAUGGGCUCUGGAUCAGGUCCAGCACAAGGAGGAGACUCUGUUAAUUAUUUUGUAGCUAAUCAUUCUGGAGUUCCAAAACAAGUGGCUUGGGGGAUACUUUUGCAGUGCAACAGGAGUAUGGUUGACCAACCAGGUUUCAGGGGAGGUGCAUAGAAAGCUGUCUGAAAGUGAUCCUUCAAGCUGCCUGGGAAGGAGAACCUAGUUCACUGUCCAGAAGAGCGAGUUCCAGACACAUUGGGGAGAGACUCUUCACGCCAUCACCAAAGAACUUCUAGCCACAGGUGGGAACGCCAACCUAAGCACCAUCCCUCCUUUGGGACACACAGGCUUCUUAGGCCCUUGAAGAUGAAGGCUGCAAUGUCACUGGUGGGAAGCCAGGGCAUUAUCUCAGUCACCGAGAUCCUUAUUGCCUUGGCUGUCUUCUGUCUGACCUUCAUGGUCAUCAGAUCCUUCCGGCAGCAGAUCCCCAAGGGGCUGAAGAGGCUCUCAGGACCAAGGGGUUACCCCCUGAUAGGCAACGUGCUGGAGCUGGGGAGCAAUCCACACCUGACCUUGACUCAGAUGAGCCAGAAGUAUGGAGAUGUGAUGCAGAUACAGAUCGGCACCAGACCUGUGCUGGUGCUGAGUGGGUUGGACACCAUCAAACAAGCCCUGGUGAAGCAAGGGGAAGACUUCAUGGGGCGCCCUGAUCUCUACAGCUUUCACAAUGUUGGAGAUGGCCAGAGCUUGGCCUUCAGCACUGAUUCAGGGGAGGUGUGGAGAGCUCGCAGGAAGUUGGCCCAGAAUGCCCUGAAGACCUUCUCUGUCUCACCCAGCCCCAACUCUUCAUCCAUCUGCCUCCUUGAGGAGCAUGUCUCCAAAGAAGCUGACUACCUAGUAAGAAAGUUCCUGCAACUGAUGGAGGAGAAGAAGAGGUUUGACCCCUAUCGGUACGUGGUGGUCUCUGUGGCCAAUGUCAUCUGUGCCAUGUGCUUUGGCAAGCGUUACGACCAUGAUGACCAGGAGCUGCUCAGCAUAGUGAAUGUGACGGAUCAAUUUGGGGAUGUGGCUGCCUCCGGCAAUACAGCAGAUUUCAUCCCAGUGCUCCAGUAUCUCCCCAACAGCACCAUGAAGAAAUUUAUAGAAUUCAACAAGAGGUUCCUCAGGCUCCUGCAGGACAUAGUCAAAGAGCACUACGAAAGCUUUGAGAAGGACAACAUUCGAGACAUCACUGACUCCUUGAUUGAGCAAAGUCAGGAGAAUAAAGUGGAAGCCAAUGCCAACAUUCAGCUCCCGAAGGAAAAAAUUGUCAACCUGGUCAAUGACCUCUUUGGAGCCGGUUUUGACACUGUGACAACAGCUUUGUCCUGGAGCCUCAUGUAUCUUGUGACUUAUCCAGACAUUCAGAAAAAGAUUCAGGAAGAAUUAGAUCAGACCAUUGGCAGAGAGAGGAGACCCAGACUCUCAGACCGGCCCAUGCUGCCUUACACAGAAGCCUUUAUCUUAGAGAUGUUCAGACAUUCCUCCUUCAUGCCCUUCACCAUUCCUCACUGCACAACGAAAGACACAGUACUGAAUGGCUACUACAUCCCGAAGGACCUCUGUGUGUUUGUCAACCAAUGGCAAGUCAAUCACGAUGAGAAGCUUUGGAAAGAACCAUCUAAGUUUGACCCAGAGCGUUUCCUCCAUGCCGGAGGGACUGAAGUAAACAAGGCGGAUGGUGAGAAGGUGCUGGUCUUUGGCCUGGGGAAGAGGAAGUGCAUUGGCGAGACCAUUGCCAGAUGGGAGGUCUUCCUCUUCCUGACCACCCUGCUGCAGCAGCUGGAGUUCAGCAUCUCUGAUGGAGAGAAGGUGGACAUCACGCCUAAAUAUGGCCUGACAAUGAAGCACAAGAGGUGUGAGCACUUCCAGAUUAAGCAGCGCUUCCCAAUCCAGAGUUCAGAGUGAGUCACCUCUGGACACUGGAUGGGGGAAAGCGGAGAUCCCAUUUGAAUUUUUACCCUUAGGGGCCAUAUGCUAAGAUAAAUUGGACCCAAUAUAGCUUC